AUGGACCGUGAUCUCCCACCGCCGUCAUACGAAGAGGCCAUUCGCCAAGAACCCGGGAAUGGCAACGACCACGGCCACGGUUACAAUCAAGGACGACUUUCUCUAGAACUCCAAGGCGAGCUGAUACGCGACCUAUCAACCGGCCGUGUUUUAUACAAACUAAGCCGGCAGGUAACAAGUCUCCCGAAACCGGGGGCGAACAACUCAUCGUCGGUGACGUUCGAGCGAGUAGAAUACAGCACCACCACACCAGCAGACAAGAAGGUCGACAACCCAAAGGAAGAUACCCAUGCCCAUGCCAAAGCUGGAUCACAAUCACAAUCACAAUCACAGCAUAAACACCUCUUUUACCUCGUCCACCCAGCCGACGCGCAAUACCGCCCGGAAGUCCCAGGAUACUACAUAACAUGCCUCUCCGCCGAUGCUCAAAAGUCACAAGGGAACAUGCAAUUCGAAACAUCCAAAACAGUCCUGCGCGGAACGGAAUUCCGGGCUCUACUCAGCCCUGGUCGGACGUGGGCAGAUAAACCGCUCUUCGACACACAUGGGCAGGCCCCGUUGUUUAUUGCGCGGCGGGAGGGGUUGAGGGGCAGUCAGUAUACCUGGCGGAAGCCGUUGGGGACGGAGCUGGGCCAUGAUUUUUGCAAGAAUGGGGAGACCCAUGGGCUGGUGAUUACAAGUCCGAUGGAGCAGGAGGGUAGGGAUGCGUUGGUGGCGCUGUGGGUGUUGAGGGUUUGGCAUGAUGUUGCUGAGAGUCCAAAGGCGAAGCGGGAAGCGUUGGCCCGCCUGACACCGGCAUCGGCUGCUUUAGGUCAUGGUAUGUUUCCAAAGAAGGCUGGGGCUCUUGGUGCUCUUGCGGUUCUUGGGGGUGGUGCCGGUGGUGGUUGUUGA